GAUUGUGUAAAUGUUGAAGGCAGCAGUGAUAAGCGUAUACGUGUACGUUCGGUGCCAAUAAACUCUGUGACACAACAUUCGAUUCGAUUGAGAGCAAGGUUGAACUUCAGCCUCAUUCGCACUUUGUAGGUUUGGUUAGGUUUUGCAUUAACAUUUCUUAAGCAAACAGUUGACUGUGUCGUUUCUCUAAUUAAGUACUGUUCGGACGACAUGGAGAAUUGGUUUUGAGUAUCAUUGGGGCAUUAAAGUCUAGUCAAGUAUAUGUGGAGCUCCAAUUAAAAUAACAUUACCCCAGUCGUUCCGACCGGAAGAAAGAUAAGCAGCAAUCGACCCUGAUACACGAUUGUACUCAACCAAUGCAGACGAUGUCUGGAUUUUACCUAAAGUAUCCUAAAAUGCGAUUUGUGCGGCAUCCCUAUCACCAUCAAUCAAUGUUGUCCAUGUUCCUGGACAUCUGCUUUGAUCAACUGACCGCUUGGUGCCAAUGAACGCCGCAGGGCAAUAGACAAUUAUGACCACCAAUUCUGCUUCGCGAUAGCCAAUACCAUUGACCGCUCGAUAUAAAUUCCAGUUUCGAAUGCCGAAGGGUUUCGACAAACGUUAAAUACCCGCUCGCCACGCUAGCAGCCGGCAGUAGUUGGGAAAAUGUGGGUUUCGAAGGUUUUCUGUGCGGUGUACCUGGUGACACUUGUCGUCUGUGGCGCUAGUGGUCGGAGUGCUUCAGCGUCGAUCGAUUCGAAGAAUGUUCGUCUCCUGAAGGAUUUGCAGCGACACCUAGCGCAACCAGUUAUACCGGAUACGUACCAGGGAUCGGAGGGUAAUCCGCGGUUGAUCGGAGCCCGCUUCCGCACUAGAGUCGAUCAUUUCGAUCCCCAGAAUAGGGAUACGUUCGAGUUUAAUUACUACUCCAACGAUGAGUUCUACCAGCCUGGUGGACCGAUCUACAUCUUUGUCGGUGGUAAUUUCCAACUGACGACGUAUUACAUCGAGCACGGGUUACUGUACGAUACGGCAGCCCGCGAUCAUGCCUGGCUGUUCACCAACGAGCACCGAUACUACGGUACCAGUGCGCCUGUGGAAAAUUAUUCGACGGAAAACUUGCGGUUCUUGCACACCGAACAGGUGCUGACGGAUCUGAUUGAGUGGAUUGACCAUCUGCGUAACGAGGUGGUCCGUGAUCCGAACGCCAAAGUCAUCCUGAUGGGCGUGGGUCACGCCGGAGCGCUAGCAACCUGGGCUCGUCAACGCUUCCCGAACAUUGUCGAUGGUGCGUGGGGUUCAGGGGCCACCGUGUUGGCCAGUUUCGAUUUCCAGGAGCAUGCGAACGAUAUCGGAUCAAUUAUUCGUCGGUUCGGUGGUGAUGAGUGCUACAACACGCUGUGGGUUGCGUUCCGCACGGCACAAAAUCUUAUCGAUAGCGAACGGGAUGAGACGGUUACGACGCUGCUCAACACCUGCGAACCGAUCGAUUCGGGUAAUCUGCUCGACGUGGAAACGCUCUUCUACCAUCUGAAGCUUGCCAUACAGGAGGCCGUGUUCCAGGGUUACAACACGACCCGAAUCGAGCAACUGUGCAGCAGUUUGGUGAAUAAGGACGAACCGACCGCGCUCAGUGCGCUGGCCGCUUGGUUGGAUGUUUACUACGCCAACCUGCCAUGCAAUCCGUUUGAUUUCGAUGCCAACAUGGAGGCUGGUAAGGUGCUGCAACCGGGUGCAGCGGAGAACGUGAUACUUGGCCUGCGCCAGACGCAGUACCAGGCGUGUACGGAGUUUGGGAGGUUCCGGACAACCGACGAUGAUAACCAGCCGUUCGGAAGCCGCGUCACAAUGCAUUUCUUCCUCGAGUCAUGCCGAGCUCUGUUCGGCGGUUGGGUUACCGAUGCCGUUAUCUACGAUGGUGUUCGCUUGACGAACAUACAUUACGGUGGCCAGGAUCCACGGUCGACCAACGUGCUGUUCACCAACAACGAGUUCGACCCGAACCGUCUACUAUCCAUUACGAGGUACAUCAAUCCGCUGAGUUAUGCUUACGUCGUACCGAACGAGUUCAUCUCUUCGGAAAUCUAUUCGAUCAACGAGCAGGACUCGGACGAACUGACCACGAUCAAGCAAAAUAUUCAACAGUAUUUUACGCUGUGGUUGAGUGGUGGAAUGACUCCCCUGUAGGCGCAACA